AUGGAGGUCACCAAAUUCGUCGUCUCUGGACGGGACAAGGCAAAACUCUACGGUGACUAUGCGACGUACCGGACGCAACUAUCAAAUCGAAUCCACAACCUCCGCACGAAGUUGGGCAUAGCAACCAAACCCCGCGCGAAAUACUCAAGUAAGGGCCCAGUAACCGCAGAAGAUAUUGCCAGCAACCAUGAAUUCAUAAAUCUCCUGCUGCUCACUUCAGAGCGAGCUUGGGCGCAUGCCAUGUCCAUGAGAGAGAUCCACUCCACAGACAGCAAAGGAAUAUCUGGCUCAACUCGAUCACAUAUCAUAUCUCGAUUCCGCAAGUCCGCUAUCUAUGCGAACAAUCUCUUCCAAUGUCUCACCGACCAGACCCAAACUGGCGCAACCAACGAGGAUGUGCUCGAAGCACGUGCAUAUGCCGCUGCACUCACUGGGGCCAUGGAAUUCCAGAAAGAUAAGUGGGAGGCAUGUAUUAAGAGCUAUUCUGAGGCUAGGAUUAUAUACAGUGCAUUGGCGACAGCUACAAAGAGCGAUAUUUUCAAGGACCUGGUUUCAAAUGAGGUUGACCAAAGUAUUCGGUAUGGCGCGUAUCAAAUGAAGCUGCCCCGAACGGUGGCUGUGCCCACCAUCGCUCGGAAGUUCUUCCCUCGAUCGGACACGGAGUUGGUAGUACAGGUUGAGAAGCUGGACCCUGAUGUACUCAAUGAACAGCCAAUGAAAGCCAGGGCGGAAUCUGCGGACAUUGGAGCAGUACCGAAGACCAUAACAUGGAGAUCCCGUACGGUUGACUUGGAAGAUGCAGCGAUUGCUUCUGCACUGGCGUCGGUGAACAGUGCUGCUCAGAAGUUAUCUAAAACCCUCGCGUCUGUCACUGCUGCGCAAGCUAAAGAAAGAGCUUCUGCGUAUGAUGAUAUCUUGAUCGCCAGCCAAGAUGCUGCAGAUGCAACCAAGCAUGCCAUUGAGGAGUUAUUGGGAGAAGGUGUUGGCCAAGGAGAUAAGAGGAUACAAAGCCUACAAAUCACUAGGACUGCUGUGGGUUAUGACCUGGUCAGCUGGAGAAUAGGCCGAAACAGGGUGCUUGUCGGUGAGCGGGACGGAUCCGUGGUCGACGGCCCAGUCAUCCGCCAAAGCAAAAAGAAAAAUCAGAAACCUAUGAAAGAAGAAGGAACAGGACGCAAAUUGGCUCAUCUACGGGAGAAAGCCGUGCUCUACGAUUCAAUCCUGCAAAGUUUGGAUUCUAUCAAGGAACUUCCCGGUAUUGCAGCCGACGAGGCAUUGCAGGAGGAGCUGAAAGCCAAAUACAACUACUUCUCCGCCCUGAAAUGCCUGACAAUAGCUCGCUCCCAUGCCCUCCUACUGAACCCCAAGAACGCACUCGCUCUCCUCGCCCGCGCCUCAGAAAAAUGUAACUCCGCCCACUCCUAUCUCUCCACCUCAAUGGACACCGACUCCUCCUCUCCUCCAAAUAUCAAUGUCUCCCCCACAGAAGUCCAAUCCCUAAAAGAUCUUCUCGACGGCGAAGUGCAGCAUUACCGAGCCUUGGUCGAGCUUUCCAACCUCUCUCAAACGCAAAAUUCCCUCUCUGCAAACAAAGUGCCUCUAAUCGAGAGACUCUCCGAGUAUCCUGCCCAAGGUGUGGACCUCGAGAAUCUGGUCACCUAUCCACCGAAACUGGAGCCCGUUCCUGUCAAGCCCUUGUUCUUCGACGCAGCGUGGAAUUACAUCGAGUACCCUGGCCGAGAGGUAGAGAAGCCAGCUGCUCAAAAUGGGGUGAAAGGAUCAUUUUCCUCGGAAUCAAAGAGUGCAGAACAAACGGCACAGCAGAAGAAGGGAUGGUUCGGGUUCGGUAGAUGAGUAGAAAAGUCAUGGCUCGAUGAGAUGAACUUGCACCAGCUUCUCUUCCAGUCGAAUUGAUGUGUUUCACAAGUAAAGACUGCGGGAGUGCGUGUGUGUGUCUGUGUGCUAAUCAUACUCAGCCUGAGAUACCAUAUCACAAAGACGAUGCUUUGUGCCGAGUCAGAAGUCAAGUAAUAUAGACCAUGGAACGAAUAACCCCUUGCUAACAACUUCCCCCCCUUCUCUCCCGCAAAAACAAGAAUGAAAACAUUUCAACC